CUGAGCUGCAAAUUCGUCAUGUAUAAAUAUCCGCACGUUCGGGAACACUAUCACUCUACCCUGGGACUGAUAGCAUUUUAGGAUGCUGUGGUCUUCAUCUCUUCUCUUGGUCUUUGCGGGCCUUGCGGCAGCCGAAUAUGGUUGGGACGCUGGAUACCAGUACGUCUACAACAUCGACGCUAGGACAUUCACCGGCAUGCACCAAGUUUCUGACCAAUUUUCAGGAAUCUAUAUUUCUGGAAAGCUUUACGUUUACGCCGGACCAGAUGACAAAGUGACAUUCAAGUUCCAAAGAUUGAAUUACGCCGACCUCCACCAAAACUUCAGCGGCGGCUGGGAUGGAGAUUUUGGUCAAUAUCAGCUCAACUUUAAAAGUCUCUCCAACGAUGGCGUAGCCCAAGCCUACAUCAAAAAUGGCAUGGUCAACUCCUUUGUAGUAGAUAAAGGAACAUCGAAUUCAACAGUCAACCAAAUGAAGUCCAUCUUAAGUGCAUUACAGAUUGAUAUGCUUGGUCAAAAUUUGAAGAAAUCUAAAAUGAAUGAUGUACCAAAAGGUCCACAACAAUUUGGUAUUUACAAGACAUCGGAGGACUCGAUUACCGGAGAAUGUGAAACCAUAUACGAUGUGACUCCUUUGGCUCGUUACGUCGUGCAGAGUCAGCCGGAACUAGUGCCUCUCCCCCAUUUGAGUGAUGAUGAAGAAUUUAUUGACAUAGUCAAGACCAAGAACUUCUCUUCUUGUAAGAAGCACAUGAUGUACCAUUACGGAUUCAAUGGCCAUGAAGGAUGGAAAGCUGGAUCCAAUCAAAUGGGAAAUUUCCUUUCUAGAACAUCUCAGAGUAGAUUAGUCGUUUCUAAAAAACAGAAAAGUUAUAUAAUUCAGUCAUCCGUAACCACAGAAAAGGUAAUCGUCGCCCCACAUCUGUAUAAUAGCCAAAAAGGAAUCGUUUUUAGCAGGUUGAACCUUACUCUGGAAGACUACAGCCCCUACAAAGGUCCAGUCCCAUCAAUAAACAAUCCCAAGAAAUUUUAUAAUUUGGCUUACUUGUAUGAACACGGAAGACAAAAACGUAGUGGCAGUAGCGAGGCUUCAUCAUCUUCGUCCUCUUCUUCAUCGUCUUUUGCAUCUUCAUCAUCAUCUUCAUCUUCAUCAUCAUCUUCAAGUUCUGAAGAACACAAUUGGAACCAAAGUCUGAAGAGAAAAAUAAGAUCAGCAACACCUCCCCCUCAUUCCAGCAGCAGUUCCAGUGAAACUAGUAGUUCAUCUAGUAGCAGUUCAUCAUCCGACGAAAGCAGAGAUAGUCCUAUUAGACAGGGUUCUUAUUCUUCCUCCGGCUCUUCAUCCUCUAGCGAAAGCUCAUCAAGCAGCUCUAGUGAAGAGUAUCUUUCUCCUCAACCUCAAUUCAAUGAUGCUCCACAAAUUGAAUUCUUUCCCGAACAAAUGGUGAAUUUCCGCUCUGAAAGUGGGCAUACGGUGGAGAACUUGGUACGAUUGGCUAAGCAGAUUGGAAAAUACCUUCAAAACCCAAAUAAUAUUCCAAAAGACAGCGUUCUCACUUAUUAUUCAUUAUUAUCAUAUUUAGCAGCCGAAGCAAAUUACCAACAAUUGCAGCAAGCAACUGAAAAGUUGUAUUUCCCAGAGGAAAAAAGCAAUAAGGAAUCCUAUCCCGAUUAUACGUCUUGGCAAGCCUUCCGUGAUGCAGUGACACAAGCGGGUACCGGACCAGCUUUAAAGAUCAUCAGGUCAUGGGUCGAAAGUAGUAAGGUUAGCGCGAAUGAAGGAGCACAGCUCUUGGCAGUUCUACCCAGAUCCGCUCGCUUCCCAACAGUUGAAUACAUGGAGUAUUUUUUUAAUUUCGUGAAGAGCAGUCAUGUCCAAAAUCAAAAGUACCUUAAUGACAGUGCUAUCUUGUCAUUCUGUGAUUUGGUUAGAAGGUCACAAGUAGACGAAGAAAGUGCACACAAUCGUUAUCCUAUCCAUGUUACUAAAUCAAAAGUUCUCGAGAAAUUGCUAUCGUUCCUCGAGGAACAGCUGAGGAAGGCUGUUGAAAAAGGAGACUCUGUCAAAAUUCAAGUUUACAGCAGAUGUAUUGCCAUUACCGGCCAUCCAAAAAUUUGGGGUAUUUUCGAACCGUACCUAGAAGGAAAGAUUCUAAUAUCUCAUUUCCAGCGGUUGAUAAUGAUAGCAUAUUUGGGAGACGCGAUAAUAGUACAUCCUAAUGCCGCUCGUUCAGUUUUAUAUAAGAUCUAUGAGAAUGAGGGAGAAGUUCCAGCACUCCGGGUAGCAGCCGUUAUGCAACUCAUGAAGACCAACCCACCUGCUCAGUUACUUCAACGUAUGGCUGAGCGUACAAAUUAUGACCACAGUGAACACGUGAGUGCCGCUGUCAAAUCUGCAAUCGAGAGCUUAGCUAACGGAGAUUAUAAGGCCCGCCCAGAUUUAGUCAAAAACGCCCGCUUGACAGCGAAUCUACUUACCACCAAAAACUAUGGCUUCCAGUACUCACAAAACUUUAUCAAAUCGUAUGUUGCCAAGGAACACAGCACUUUAGAAUACCAGCACUACUUAACUUAUAUCCAGGGUCUCGACGGACUCUUCCCAAGCGCUGUACUAUAUAACCUUCAACGCAAAACAGGCGGUUACGUCCAUGAACCACAAACUAUAUCUUUUAUGUCUUCGAGCUCCGAAGAAUUAUUGAACCUCCUCUUCGAACAAUCUGGCUUUGGAAGCUACCAAAAAGAAUCAAACCACCAUAAACAACCGAAAAAAGGAUACCAGUCAAAAUACACGUACCAAAAAAUCAUCGAGAUUCUCAAUCCACAGUACGACGAACCACCUCAAGUAGAAGGAAACUUCUUCUUCUCAUUCCUAGGCUCUCCAAGAUUCUUUGCUUUCGACAAUCACACAAUCGAACAGUUCUCAGAAUAUUUCAAGCAAAUUCACCAGAAACUGCAAAAGGGCGUGAACUUCCACGAAACCAAAUACUACAACCAGUACUCUGUGGAAAUUGGAUUUCCUUUGGCCACUGGCGUUCCAUUCAUUUACUCUUACGAUGAACCAACAUUAUUCUAUGCAGAUGUUGAAGCUAAGGGACAUUUUCAGCAAGAGCAAGACAAAAACGAAUAUUAUCAGGUUCCUUAUAAAGCAUCUACUGAAGGAACAUACAAAUUCACUUGGUCUUCCCAAAAGAGGGGCAAGUUAGGAUUCAUAGCACCCUUCAAUGACCAGAAGUAUCUUGCUGUCGUUGAAAAGAGCACCCAAUUUUACAUUCCGUUCGUGGGCAAGUUGCAGUUCAAUGGACCUCAACAGUACUUCCAGGCUAGCAUUCAACCCUACAGCAGUUUGAGUAACGAACAGCAAAAGAUCUUCCAGCACAGUACUGACAUUUACACGACAUAUCAUAACUUGUAUGAUAUCAAACCUUACAUUAAGGGUAGCUAUGCAAGGCGCGUUCAUGUUGCAUCGAGCAAACAGUUUAAAAAAUCCUUUGGUCAAGCUUACACAGGUUAUGGGUUCCAAGUGGAAGCUAAGAGUGAAAAUGAUUUUACCGAUUACUUUAGAAUUUAUAAGGCUUUGAAAACUCUUGAUUAUGACUUCAUCUCAUCAGCUUUUUACAAUGACCUUGUUCAUACUCUGGCCAACAAUUACUAUGCCGUUAGUUUCGAUCCCCACUACAGUUCUUCAGAAAAGGUUGUAUUUAAACUGUAUUAUGACAACGCGGAACAAGGAGGCCAACAUAAGAAGACUACCAAACUCACGAAUGUUAGAGACAGAAGAACAAAACUUUCAGGAAGUAACCCGGCACAGCCAUCCUCUGUGGAGAGCCGAGUCGAUGAACUCUUUGCUAAUGCUUAUUCCGGCAUCCAGGAUGCGAAAGCAUACGUGUUUGACGCUUCCGUCACAAUGGAAGGUAGCCAAAACAAGGGACAGUAUGUGUUCACUUAUGCCCAUGCUGAAAGUCCUGUCUCUGAGAAAUCAAGAUACCUCGCUUACUUCAGUGCAUCGCCAUAUGAGGAAUCUCAAAAUGCCAAGCCUUUUAAGGCUGCUUUCCACGCCACUUUUAAGAACGCCCAAGUUCCAGUGUUCAAUUACCAAAAAGCAUACGAAUCUGACCCCACUUCUUAUGUUGAGGGACAAAUUAACUUUAACGACAAUGAUCAAUACAAGAUUUCUUUCCAGGGUAAGUUUGAGCAGUCUGCAGAAAGGAAGAACUAUGUCAAACAUAGCCCAUAUUCAGCCUUGUGCCAGCAGCAAAUGCAGCACAAUCAUUACAUCCAACAAGCCUGCCGCAAUGCUAGCUUACAUGCUAAUGUCCUUGAUAAAUAUCAAAUUACCUUCAAUUACCAAAAUGUUCCUGAGGAGUUCCAGAAAUCAACAUACGCAGCUCUUUCCUUAGCAAGGCAUAACGGUUAUCAAUACUAUCAGGAAGAAUUCCCAGGAGUCAAGAAUGAAGCUGGACGAGUCACAUUCCGUGCUAGAUUUUCAGAAGAUCUUAAUUAUUUCAACUUCUCCUUUGCAACACCACAUUUUAACUCUUAUUUUGAAAAUGUUGGUCUUCAUCAUCAGCUCAGACCUUUCUUCCUGCAUUAUCCUGCUUACAAUCAACUGUACUUUUAUUCGCCAUACUACUUUGACACUAAAUAUUAUGCCUCUUGCAGCUUAGACGGCAAUGAAGUGAAUACUUUUAAUAACCAGACAUUUUAUUAUGAAAAUGAAAUAAACAUGCCUGUCGUCCUGGCGUUCGCUCGCCCAGGAGAACACAUUGAGAGUACCGAAGAUUCAGAUGAAUACAAAACAUACUAUUAUGGAGGUUUCUCUGUGAUUGCUAAAAAUUAUGGUUCUAAUCAGAAGGAAGUAAGAGUUGCCCUUGAUGACGAUGAAAUAUACAUGCGUCCUUCAGGAAAUGGUGGGGUGACGGUCACUGCGAAUGGAGAAACGAUCCAAGUCGAAGAAAAUAAAAUUUCAAAAUGGGAAAACAAUGGAAAUAUAAUGGAAGCUUACUCCACGCCCGGUGGCAAUGACGUCGCAUCAUAUUUUCCUAAACACGGUAUCCAAGUACGCUAUGACGGCGAACGUAUUCUUCUGUCUGUCACAAAUCAUCACAGGGACCGCGUACGUGGUGUUUGUGGAACAUUUGAUGGAGAACCUGUAAAUGACUUUACUACUCCAUCGAACUGUGUCGUGAAAGACGUUCAACAAUUUAUAGAAUCUUACACUCUCACUGAACCAUCCUACCGUGGAUCAGCCAAACAACACAAACAACAAUCACCAACUGCAGCAUGUUACCCGAGAUCAGUUGUCUACGGAGAUGUUGUGUCAGACGCUUUAGCAGGAAGAGGACGCCAACUAACAACUUCGUCAGGUAAUCCUAAUGAUAUCCAAGGAGAACAUUCAAGAAUGCCUUCUUGCUCUUCCUACAAGGUUCACAUCAUCAAGGAAAAUGGCAGGGCCUGCAUCUCACGCAGACCGCAGGUGUCCUGCAACCCCAAUUGCAAGCCUACUAAGCAUAUAGAAAAACUAAUCGAUUUCCACUGUAUGUCCGAAUCUGAGAACAUGACCGGACAUUAUCUCCGAAUGGUCCAGAAGGGAGCUAAUCCAGAUUUCAGCCAGAAAGCUCCUAAUUCUAAAAUGAGGGUGAUGCUACCAGAAAGCUGCACUUCAAGUUAAAUCAAUGUAUUUUUUUUUAAACUAUUUAAUAGUUUAAUGAUAAAUAAAAAGGAAAAAAAAAAUGAUUUUUUUUUUUCAUUCCAGUAUUCCGAAAUCACUGACGAGGAACAUUUGCAGAAAAGAUUUUUUCUUUUCUUUCUCAAUCUUAUUUAUUGAUUGAAAGAAAAAGUAAUUGAAACAUGAUGAUUUAUAAUAUGUAGCAAUCAUAAAGUUAAACAUGACUUUAGCAUUAUUCAGCUGGUUAGGUAAAAUUUCUUAUCCAGAAGUACUUUAAAUUCCACAAAGAACCAGGAGAACGCCUCGGAAACCACUAUACUCAUAAAAUCUUUCUAACCGUUGGUAAUCAGACUAGCGUAUCUUCCUGCAAAUAUCGUUUGCAAUCACUUUAAAUAAAGCGGAAGGACAAACUUUAAAACAUAUUGGAGUACUGAAUUUUUUUUUUCCCUAGGUCAACUGAUUAAAUGGUUAUGUUUAAAUAUAUAUAUAUAUAUAAUGCCAACUCGUGGGUGAUUGAUCUAGAUAUAUAGAUCUAGAUUGGGAAAACUAAUAUAUACUUUUACUCCAAAGGGAAAUAAAUUAAAAUAUAAUUUAGGCUGAAGUACUGUUUGUUUUUUGGUUUUCUAAAACAUCAAAAUAUUUGAUUUUAUAAAAUGAAACUGAAGUCACUUUUUAUCAAGAAAUUUUUUUCUAUGCAUUGCACCUUUUGUUUUUGCACAUAUAUUUAGAAUGUUAUUAAUCUAACUCCACCCAGCUUCCUUUCUCAGGUACAGCCCGGCAUCUUGGGUUUCUCUCUGACAGACGACUGACAUGGAACACUCAUACUAGACUUAAAAGACAGGGACUUAACCAACGAUACAGCUAACUAUACAGACUACUAAAUAGAAAAUCUGAACUUUCUAUUGAAAACCAAUUACUGAUGUACAAGACAAUACUGAAGCCUAUUUGGACUUACGGACUAGAACUUUGGGGAAUAGCAAAAUCAAUCUCAUUCAUCCAGUACAAAAUCUUUUGACAAUAGUCGAAGCUCCUUUCUAUGUAGCAAACAAAAUAAUACACCAUGACCUCAAAAUCCCGUUUGUUCUAGACCUUAUCCCAGAAAAAUUCUCUGAAUUUCACCAGAACCUUACGUAUCACCCAAAUUUUCUUGCCCAAUCUCUGUCAAGCACCACCCAUCCCUAUAAUCCUCCAGCAAUAUUGAAACAGCAGUGGCCCCGCGACCUUUUGUAGUUUGUAUAUAUUGGAGCUCUGGCAAUGGCCAGAUUCUCCACUCAAGAUAUGAGUGUAUGUGGCUGCUUUAGCCUUUAUCGCUUUGCUCUCGAUCAAUCUCCGAUGGAUUUAGUACCAGUGAUGCGGUUGAGAGAGUAGCGCAUGGUUCUUCUGGAGUCUUGCUUUUCCCUCCAUAGUUGGAGGGGCAAGCCUGCCUCGGAGUUUCCUCUUCUAAUGUAUGCUUUUUUUAAUUUCCAUAUUUUCAAGUUAUUUUAUUUUAUUUAUUGUAUGUACUUUUUGAUUAUUACUUAUUUGUUAUUUCGCUUCUGUUUAUUUUAUAUUUGUUUGUACAUAUAGUGUGUGAAUGUGAUCUCACCUUUCUAUAACCAAUGUUCAAGUGUCAGAAUGUUGAAAUGUUCAAUAAAUAAAUAAAAAAUCUGUGCGGUGUGCGCAUCACACAACAUUCAUUUACCAUCCUCUUCUUAGCAAAAAUCAGUAUUUUCAGAUAAAGGGGAAGUGAAAGUAAAAUUAUAAACGCUAUAUUGAUUUAUAUUUUAUUGUGGAUAUUGGUAUUUAUUUAAGUACCCUCAUAUAUACAAAUUUUAAUAUUUAUAUCACUGUAAUCUAUACAAUUAAAUAUUAAAUAAUACCAUCGAAAACAUUUAGGAAUACCGCAACUUUCAUACGACUUUUCAUUUUUGAGCUAGACCUGUCACAUACAUACAGACAUACAAAUACCAUUUUGCGGGACUUGUUUAUUUGGACUCAGGGGACCUCAUAACAUGUAUUUCCGUUGAAAACUCAGGUUCGAAAAUUUUCACGGUCGUAAUACUUUCCUUUAUCAUAUAUUUCAUAUAUAUAUAUAUACAUAAGUGAAAGUAAAAACUAAAUAAAUAAAUUAAUCAUAUACUAUGGGUUAUAGUUGUUUGCAACAUAGUAGACGAACGUGAUGUCUCGCUGCUCCAUUAUAUCGUUGGGGUGCUACACAACGAGGAUCUAGGGACAGGUAGCUGAUGAAUCUUCUACUUUUUUUACAUCUUCCUUUAAAUUGAAACCCUUCCCUCUCCCCCCCCCACGUUUCCCUCCUGCUGUUACUAAAUAGAAAUAUUAUUAAAUCUGCUCUUCACAUGAGGCCUCUUCCAUUGUGCCAUUGUCUGGCCGGUGAAAGAGUUGAAUGUCACAGCGGGGGGCUUGCUCUCAGAAGUGAUGUCAACAGUAUACAAUGGUAUUAAAAGCCCCCCUUCACGUCAUCUAAAAUAACAACUCUGGUCGACAUCACGUGUCUCUAUGGUAAAUACAUAAUAUAAAAUGCGGAAAAUUCCCCUCGCUUAUAUUAUGUAGAAUUUUCCAUUGAUGAUAGGAAUAAGUGGGGUGCCACUUUUAUGUAACUUUACUAAUCCAUGUAUUUUAGGUCUAUUGUAGUUAGCGUUAAUAUGUUUAAUUUCGCUCAAUUAGAAAUUGUCAAGGUUAAUAAUAAAGUUUGUUACAUAAAAUAUGGACAUCAAAGCAAGGUCAAUCUAAAAAUGUCCUUAAUGAUUAAUAAUUUACGUAGUUAAAUUAGUGACACUUACUAGUUUAUGUUUUAUCCUACGACUGUAUAAUAUUUAUGUGGAAUUCUCCAGUUGGAAGGUUAUAUAAUGUUAUAUUUUCCAUUAUGCCUAACAGGGAAGCCCAUCCCCUCCUUCCAAGGCAGAUAACGUAUAAACUUUUCCCCACCCCUCCUAAGAUAUUUUAUUCCUCUCUCCUUCUUUAAAACAGUGCAAACGAAAGUAGAAUCUGAACAUUCGUAUAUUAUAUACCAUUACACAUCCUGUUGUCUGAUAUGAAACUUUUCAUAUUGAACACUCAUAACCCCUUCGGAUUCUGCCCCCUUUAAAAUUGAAAACCCCUUCAAAAAGUGCCUCCCUCAUUAACUUUGCUGGCGUAACUUGAGAUGCCUAAGAACGUCUGCUAUUAUUCUUCUUAUUUUUAUAUACUGCAAAUAACGUUGUCAAAAUAAAAUUCCAAUGUUGUAAUAAUAUUAGCAUUUGUACUAUAUAUUAGCAUGAACUCGUUAUCAUUUGGAUUUGGACACUAUAUUUUUCCCUCUCCUACUCUCUAACAAGGGGUUGGGUUAAGAUACAAUUUUGAAUAAUAUAUCAUUACAAAAAGACGAAAUCAUGAAAAUUUCCUUCGCUUACAGGUAUGCAGGCCCGAUUUUUAUUUUAUGAGAUAUUUUAAUCCAUAUGUAAAAUCAAUUCAAUUAGUCGAUUAUAGUCAACUUUACCCGAGCGUUGAAACCGAGCGAAAUAUGACAGAUCAAUCUCCACAAAAAAACUGCAAAACGUGCCUAGAGAGGUUUUCACUUCGAUAAGGAAAUUAAAUUAUUCAGCGUAUCAUAAGAUGAAGGAACCAUUUCCUAUUUUUUCGGUAAUUGUAAUCGACAAAAGAAAAGAAAAUGAUUACAAAACUUCCUUUUUGUUAUAAAACCGAAAUGUUAAUAACCUGUAUCUCACCUAAUCAUAGUCCGAAUUCGAUAAUAUUCUUUUGUUCUGUAGGCAAUUUAGUAAUCUUUCAUAUAAUAGCGGAUGACUUUCGAAAAAAACUAAGGAUAAGUGCCUAGGUGAAAAUUUGAGGGGAAAAAACAAAUUUUCGAUUGCUAUAAAAAUUCGUAUUUGUGGAUUUCGUAUCUAGAGGUGCGAAAUAAAAAUAUCAACAUUGUUUUCCCUUAAAAAAAUAUUUGAACCCCAUUCAAUUCUUCGGUCGGUACCUUAAUUGUUUCAAAUUUAAAUAUGUCUAAUUAAUUUCAAUGACUUUUUUUUUUUGGUUUUGUUUGUAACAAAAAAUGUUGACCGUAAGAUGGGGUAACUUUGGGACUGGGUGGGUAACCUUGAGCCAGGGGGUGAUUUAAAAAAAUUAAAUCUUCUACCACCAUUCGAUGCAACUUACACUCUCCUUUUGAAGGUUACUGGGCUAUCUACAGAACAUAGAUUUUCUCAGGGUGCCCAGAAGGGGGCUUCAUGGCGCCAAGUUGCGCUAUCAAAAUUUUUAAGAAUAUUUUGACAGAUAUUUGAAUUUUUGAGGGGGGCAAAAUAUCGACGGAGUUAUGAAUUUUCGGACCAAGGGACAACCUGAAAACAUGGAACAGACUGCAGCAAAUGUGAUUGUAUAUGAUCUACGAUUUUUUUCUAAUUCAUCUUUGCUUGGUUUGUUUUUAAGAAAAGGUGACUAAUAAAAGAUCUUGAGAGGAGGAGAGAGGGUAUGUUCUUGCGCCAUUGAGCUUGGAGAGGAUGGGCACCUCUGGAUUUUCUUCUAUCUGGUUAUGUUUUUAAUAGUUUGUGAAAUGUCAAACGCUCCUUUAAUGGUUAAUCAACUCCUCAAAGUUCGUGUGAGGAUCAGUGAAGACUCUAUAGAUGGAAGAGCAUUCUUCGGGAGAACACAUUAAAGGAAUGGAACCAGCGGUGGGUGACGAUGCCAAAAGGGACUACGCUAAGAAAAUACUUCCCCACCGUUCGUUCAAGAAUGGAACAGACAUGGGUUCUCUCGGACUAAUGGGUCUCACAGUUCCUCACAGGGCAUGGGGGUUUCCGAGCAAAGCUCGUUGAAUAUGGCAAGAACAUCGAUCCCCUAUGCCCAAGUUGCAGAGUGCCGGAGACCGCCGAGCAUAUCAUC